AUGACCAGCCUGCUGGGACUUCACGACCCCACGAGCCUUCUGGUUGGACUUCUCCUCCCGAUGCUUCUUUACGGGUUGGUUGUGGUCGUUAGGUAUCUGUUGAAGCGCUGGGAGAGCAUACGUCUGGGAAGCAGUUUCCCCUCCCCUCCCUACCACUGGCUGUACGGUAACAAUCACUUGACUGACUACACUUGGGGUGAGAAGUACCUAUCCAUGAUACGGGAAGCUGUGGAGAAGCACCCACAGGCUCACACCUAUUGGAUGACAGGGUACAGCAAAAUCAUCCACCUCACUCAUCCAGAAACCAUCAGGCAGAUGCUCAAGUCCCAAAGCAGGAAACCAAAUGUGUACGGCACGCUGCGAUCAUGGCUGGGUAACGGCUUGUUCCUGAGUGACGGAGACGUGUGGAGGGUUCACCGCCGUCUCCUCACGCCUGCCUUUCACUUUGACGUCCUCAAACAGUACGCCAGUGUCUACAACAGGGAGGCCACGAAAAUGAUAGUAAGUUUAUACCAUAACUUCAUUUCUUCGAGGUAA